UGAGCCGGGGCUAUGGAGCCCCCUUUCCCCGCGCUGCUCUGCCUGCUCGGCCUCCUCGCCACCGCCUCCGGAGCAGCCGAAUGCCCUUCCUCUGCUUGGAUUCCAUUUAGAAGUAGCUGCUAUAUUUUUCUUCAAGGCACAUUCGAUGAAUUGGACAGUAUUGAUGAUGCCAGAAAUCGCUGUAAAGGCAAUGCUUCUGGAGCAGACAUUAUUAGUAUAAAAAAUAAAGAGGAGAAUACCUUUAUACAAGAAACAUUCAAAAAUCACUGGCAAGGCCCUGAUUAUAUUUCAUUGGGCAUGUUCUUUGACACAGAUGAUAAUGCUUUUAAAUGGUUUGACAAGUCGGAAAUGAAAUUUACCAAUUGGAUUGAAGAGGAGAGCAAUGAGGAACUCCUGAACACAUGUGCUUCUAUGUACACUAAGUCUGGGGAAUGGAAAAAAAUCAGUUGUGAAGAUCUUCCUCUGACAGGGACCCUUUGUAAAACAGCCUUUGCAUAUGAAAAGAAGUACUUACCAGAUAAAACUGCUUUGACUACCACCUUGGUCAUAAUUUUUACCAUAGUUGUGACAGUUUCUGCAGCAUUAUUUUGGUUCCUGUACAAAAGAAAUAUUUCUUCUGGAGUUUUAUGUAUAACACACCAUUCAACAGCUGAAAUGCCAUACAAUGAUGAAACUGUUCUAAUAGAUGAAGAAAAUGAGUAUACUGCUUAAAAUCAUCUAGAUCUUGCAAUCUACCUGAGCCAAUCAGAUGCGGUGUUUGAACAGAAGCAACAUUCUGAACAGUGAGCUGGUCCUCCAGGGUGCCUAGAAGGGUUGAGACACAUAACAGUACCUUCAGGCUGCAUAGAGGGCAUUGGUCACUGGUGUAUCAUCAGUAUUGCCAUGUCUGGCUAUAAAUACAAAUCAGACAGCCAGAAACUCCAAGAGCUUAAAGAAAGGUAAAGAAAAGAAGCUGAAGGAUGUCAAUCAGUGGUCUAAUUUUUCUAGUCAGACAAGGCCUCUCAACAGCCUGGUUCAAGCAACGCGGAAACUGGAUGAAGAAAAACAGCAAUAUUGUGGUGAUUUCAAUAUAGAGUAUGUGGAAAUUGAAGGACAGCAGCCAGAUGAAUAGUGAUUCCAGUCUAAUGACUUCCAAAGGUAAUCAUGGUAAUAUUACCAUCAGACUCAAGUUUAACAAGCAGGAGAAAGUAGUGCUGCAUUUCUUACUGAUGCGUGUUGGGGUCCCCCCCCCCUUUUUUUUUUAAGAUUCAGGAUUGUGGCUAAACACAUUAGAUUGUUAAUCCAAAAAAAAAAAAAUUUGGUGUACUGCAUUUCUUCAAAAUUCAGAAGCUCUGGAAGUCAAUACCAAAAGAUGUUGAUAGCCAUAGUUUUCCUGAAUUUCUUCUCAAAUGCAAGACUUCGUAUAAGAAAAAAAGAUUCUGCGAGACUAGCUCAAAUCUAUUUUGGGGAAGGAACUUGAACUGCCAUUACUUAUCUUACUUAAGGAGAUUUACAACAACAAAAAACUACUAAUUUUCAGUGAAGUGUGCAUAGCCUUAAGAAUUUUUUGUGCACUGCCGGUGAUUGGCAGAAGCUGAAAAAAGUUUCAGCAAGCUAGCACUCAUCAAAAACUGUAGAUUAUCUACUGUGGCACAGGGAACACUUAUGUCAUGUUGUCAUUUUGUCUACUGUGUGUGAACUCAAGAAAAAAAUAAAUGUAGUAAGAUCAUUUGUGAUUUUGCAAUGAAAAAGGCCAAACUAAAGUUGUAAAGUGAUUAAGGCUUGUGUGUGCCCUUUCCAAAAUAAAAUAUAUUUU